GUUCACACUGGGGAGAAGACGUUCACCUGCUCAGAAUGUGGGAAGGGAUUCACGGAUUCAUCCUGCCUACUGGUACAUCAGCGAGUUCACACUGGGGAGAAGCCGUUCACCUGCUCAGUCUGUGGGAAAGGAUUCACACAGUCAUCCCACCUGCAGAGACAUCAGCGAGUUCACACUGGAGAGAAGCCAUUCACCUGCUCAGACUGUGGGAAGAGAUUCACUCAAUCUUCCACCCUACAGGCACACCAGCGAGUACACACUGGGGAGAAGCCGUUCACUUGCUCAGUCUGUGGGAAACGAUUCACUCUGUCAUCUACCCUACUGGUACAUCAGCGAGUUCACACUGGGGAGAAGCCGUUCACUUGCUCAGUCUGUGGGGAACGAUUCACUCUAUCAUUCCAACUACUGAAACACCAGCGAGUUCACACAGGGGAAAAGCCGUUUGCCUGCUCAAAAUGUGGGAAGAGAUUUGCUGGAUCAUCCAACCUACAGAGACACCAGCGAGUUCACACUGGGGAGAAGCCGUUCACUUGCUCAGUCUGCGGAAAGGGAUUCACUCAAUCGUCCCAACUACUGGCACACCAGUCAGUUCACAAUGGGGAAUGGCCAUAGUUAUGAAUCCUCGGGUUUCGUUUGCUUUGUACUAUCAUUUUAAGAGAGAGAGAGAGAUUAAGAAGGCGAAUCAGUCUGGCUUGCAGCUUGUUUACAUCGCUCACGGCUUGUUUUGUUUUAACCAAGGACACAGACACUCAGAGUCAUUCGGAGACGAAGGAGGCAAAAUGGAAAGAUCGAAACAAGGGAACCAGUGGCCAAGGGUCACUGUUUGGAAUUUCCCUAUGCCCACAAGGGUGGGUUAAUUAUCGAUUCAGCGUACAUGAAAUGUGUGGUUGUUACCUUGUUUGAUCCAUAGGAGUGGAUCUAAUUUGGGGUACCCUGUGAAGACUGCUGAUGUGUUAACCCUUGCCUGGGUGUGGUGUGGUUAUUCACUUGAAGCAGAUACCCCUUCUGACAAGUCACCUUCGGUGAUAAAUUAUACGUGGGUUUGGAACGACGACAAAUAAAAUUUACAGCGACUGUUCUCUCGUUUUACAGCCAUGGAACCUGUGGAAUUCGACAUAAUUGCAUUCUCUCAACAUUUACCAUGGAUUACAAAUAUCUCUCUCAUCACCUAUUCUGUGGUUGAACUGAACUUUCAUACUUUGCCAUCUCAAGAUUCCAAGCCUUGUUUCCCCCGAACUCAAUAGUUUGGGAGUUUUAUUUACACACAUAUAUACACAUAACACUGUUACCUUUUGUUUAUCUUGCUUAUGAUACUAUAUUACAAGUAGAUUCUAAUAAAGAUAGUUUUAACAUCAAAAACAGACUCCAGGUAUAGUCUAUUGCUGCUGGUUCAUUUCUAAAACGUUAUGAUUCGUAACAAAAUUGGGGCCUGCAUCCAGUAUAUGAACAGAUGUGGGGGUGUAUUCAUUAAUUAUCAAUUUCAUCCCUUUUAAUUUAUUUGUGUGUGGAAAAUCAGCAGCAAUGGAUGCUGUUAGAUGUCUGGAAGCACCAACCUCUGAGGCAUUAGAGGACGCCAGAAGGAUUGAGUUGUUGAGUCUUGCUAGAUGGGUAAAACUUGCUAAGGUGAAAUUGACAAUGAGGAGGGCACAGAUCCAGAGGGUGAUAGCUGAACAUUAUGUAUCUGAGGGUGUGUUUAAAGUGGACGAGUUGGAGGUGUUUCCUGAAAGUAAACCUCGUGAGCUUGAGCUCCAGUACAAGUGAGAAAAAUUAAACUGGCUGCGGAAAGGCAGAGGCAGUUUGAGGCUAGAGAGGCAGAAAAAUAGAAGGAGGAAACAGAAAGACAGAGGCUGUUCGAGCUGCAAAAGAUAAAGAGGUUGCAGCAAAGGAGUUUAGUGUUAGUCUCUGGUGAUAAAUUUGACGAGAGUUGGGAAGUUAAAUUGGUCUCUCCAUUUGAUGAGGCAGAGAUUGAUAAAUACUUUCAGCAUUUUGAGAAGAUUGCUCAGAGUUUAAAGUGGGUUGGCCUCUUCUCAUAAAAAGUGUAAUUAAAGGGAAGGCUCAGGAAGCUAUUCUGCUUUGACAAUUGAUGAAGCAGCUGAUUAUGACCUAGUGAAACAGGCUAUGCUCAAAGCUUAUGAGUUGGUCCCAGAAUCAUACAGGCAAACGUUUAGAAAUUUGAGGAAAUCUGUGAACCAGACUUAUAUGGAAUUUGCUUAUGAGAAGUUUGUGUGUGUGACCGCUGGUGCACAUGUAAAAAUGUGAAUGAUGAUUUAACAGCUUGAAAGAAUUGGUUUUAAUUGCAGAAUUCAAAAGGUGCGUCCCUGAUGACAUAAAGACGUAUGCCUGUGUUCUGUAUGUUGAAGCACCAAAAAACCCACAGGGUUCUGAACAUUCUAUGGAAGCUUAGUUAAAGUCUGAGGGGUCUGACCGUGUUAAGAAGGGAUUUGAUCAUUUUAUGUCAGAUGGAUUUGUAUUAGUAAAGGAAGGG